CAACAUGGAUCAUUCUGGAUCAUUCCUGAGAGGUUAGUUAACCACGAGGAGCACAAACGAGAUGGACCGACCGCUCGAGAAGGAAGUUUUUGUCAAAGUGGGGAGAGGAGACCUGGACAGGCUGACCACGGAGGUCAUGCAGCUCAGAGAGUUCCUGCCUCGGAUGGUGAACGACCUCGUUGAUACGCUGCACAAAACCAGUAACACAGAGAGAGUGAGUGACCACGUCAGCCAGGAGCAAAAUCGACUCCGUCAGCAGUGUCUCCACCUCGGGUCACGGCUGGACUCGGCGGAGACGGAGCGCCAGAGGGAACGGGAGGAGAAGCUGUUGCUGAAGGCAGAGCUCUGGGCGUGCCGGGAGCAGCUGCAGCAACAGGCUGAGUUCUGCAGAGGGCUGGGCGCGGCCUCCUGCACCGUGCUCUGGAGCGCCUCGGGGCGGGAGGAUGCCGUGAGGGACAUGCUGGCCGACGGGAAGCUGCCCUCCUUCUUGGACCUGGCGGGUCAGACCCUUCAGAGCUUCGUCCAGUCUGGGGAGGAUGUCUCCACGCCUGGACCUCUAGAUCAGACCUCCACUGAGCACCAGUUUGUCCUUGCUCUGGCUGGGAUAAUCACAAACGUAGCAGCGGUGCCCUGUGGGCGGGACUUCCUGUCAAGCAGUGGUCAUGGGCUGCUGGGCACACUGAUGCAGCUGCUGGAGCCCAGGAAGCCUGGCGCCUUGCCAAGACUCAAAGUGCUGAUGCUGAUGGCUCUGUACAAUGUCAGCAUCAGUGUCAGAGGACUGAAGUACAUCAGCCAGAGCCCCGGUCUGCUCCCUAUGGUCUGGACCCUUCUGGAGGACCAGGACCCAGACGUAUGUCUUCACUCCCUGCGCCUCCUGCAGUCUCUGCUCCUGGAGGAGGAGGUGGAGACCACCAUGGGAGCGGCUCUGUUGACCUCUCCGUGUCUGGAGCACGUCUGCCGCCUGACCUCCAGCCAGCAGCCUGCUCUCAAACAGACCGCCUGCGACACCUUGGAGGACAUUCAGGCCUUGUUCUGCAAACUAGGAAAACCUGAUCGCCAGAGUAGCUUCCAACAAGAGACGAAAACCCCUGUAAGGACCCUACCAUGAUGUUCCUUCUCCUUCCUCCUACAAGCAGGGAUGUGUAAACCUCUUUAAGGACCCUACCCUGAUGGCUCAGACAACAAGUUUUAGAUUGUUAAUAGUAAUGUUUACAUUUUGAAAUAAACAAAAUUGGAGUUUAAAUAAACUCAGUUUGCUUUGAAUAAUAUUUCGAAUAAUAUUCAAAAAUCAGUCAAUCAAGAACCCCCCAAGCACCUCGUAUACACGCACACACAAUGACACAGGGUGAGGCUUUUAUGAUUUGUAUGAAAUCAAUCUGUUUAUUUCAACAACUGCACCAUCAACACAUCAAAAUCAUUUCAACCUGGGCUUAGGCAGAUAGGCCUACCUCCGCCGAAAGCAGAUCGCUAUUUAUUUUACUGAACACAGC